UGACAGUAUGCCAUUUGGAGGUUCGCCUGUCUGACGGCUGACUACAGACUUCAGAGCCCAAUGGACAGCCAUCUAGGCUACAUUAUCGGCCUUACCAUCAAUGCCUUCACCCAGUCACAGCAGGCGACGCAGCACGAGGACCCUAUGCUGCUCACUACAUACUUUCUGAGGCCGGCCAUACAGGACGAAUUCGAGAUCCGCGUGAACACUGUUCGCCGCGGGAAACAGGUUACUGUUCUUCGCGCGAGCUUCAUCCAGGAGGGUUCAGAACGCGUUUCCACUACCGCGAUAUUCACCGACCUCUCCGUCCCCGUGACUACGACUAACGACAGGACACUCCGUCCGCCGCAUCCUCUCGCGCCGCAAAUCCCGAUGUAUUCGCACCCUGCUGCGACGCCUUUAGUGCCAGAGGCGCCAGGCUGGAAUUUCUUCCCGCGCUUCACGGCCCUGCGCGACACGUUCUACGACGCGCAACAUAGCGCGAGCCCUCCACAGAGCGGCACCAAGCUCGGGCACUGGUAUGCGUGGAAGGACAAGCGCGAGCAGAUAACGACGACCGGUCUGGCUGUGUUUGCGGACUGCUUUGCGCCGCUGCCUCGCGUGCUGAUGGAGCCCGAGCUUGGGGAGCUCGACUUGUGCUUGCCAAGGGUAUCGAUAACGCUGAUGAUGCACAUCGAGUUCAAGGCAUGCAUUCCGCCACCCGUCAGCGUGCACCAUUCGCCGCGCGCGGUCGCAGUGUAUAAUGGCGGGCGGCUCGUGCAUGACCCGAUGAUGCGCCAUGACACGUACGUCGAGCUUUGGACGGCGCCGCGCAUGCCAGACGACGAACUGCCGGACGGUGGAGUUGAUGGCCGAACGGCUGUGCAGGAGGCGCAGGACGGCGACUGACGCACGCACCAGCAGUGUCUCGCGGUAUCAUACCAGACGCAGAUUGUGUUCGGGACGCGAGACUUCGGGAACAGGAAGGGCAAAAAGAAGAGUCAACAGAGUUCGAAGCUAUAACGUGCUGCACCUGGGACUACACCACGUAUAACAUAUAAUCUUGCAGAACACGGUUGACAACAGCAUUCACAUUCGACUGAGAAGUCCGAGGAGCACCAGGGUUACACUAUUCAAG